UGGCUAGGAAUUAUACCAUGCUCCACUACAUAAUAAUAUUAUCUCAAAUAAUCUGGAUCUAGUAGGAUGCCAAUAUGUAGCAAGUGAUGAGGCCAACCGGAAAUAUUUACUGGGAUGCAUUGCGUCAGCAGCAGUUUUGCCAAUAGAAUCCCUGUGCCAUAUGAUUUUCAUCUUGUAAAAGUCAGGCAUGUACCAGCACAGCCAAAAUAAACACUAGUGGUCUCACGGUUCCAGAUUAGCAGUAAUCCGCGGAUUACACCACACUAAUCUGGGUCAGUUAGUCUAUUACUGCGGCUAUUCUGAGUCGGAGUGGUGUUCUUCAUUUUCAUGUUCUUCACCUUUGGGAGGAAAACAACAUAAAUUACCUGGUAAAUUUAAGGUAGCUUAAAACCUUUUUUAGGCAGUAUAAUUCAUUUGUCGAGGAAGUGCACUGGCUGCAGACAUUCUACUUGAGAUUGUCACACAUCUCAAAUGACGACAGCACUGUUUCUGGCCAAAAAAUGGUGUUUGCUUGUUCAACUUGUGUUCAUCAGAAUCUUGUGAAGCCUUCUCUGUGAAACUACUGCCUGUGACCAUCGUUGACCUGAGGUAUAUAUAAGCUUACCAAUGGCACCUCCUCUCUCGUCUGGCAAGAGACGUUCUGUGUGCGCCUGUAAUUCCAGUAAGUCACUAAUGCGGAUAAUGACCAAGCCGCACUGUCCAAAGCACUUGUGAUGGAUUUGGGGGUUGAUCACUAGCUGCGAGAGGACAGCGUUUGGUUUUUCUCAGACAUAGAGAUAUGUUUUCUAUACUUCUGUACACCUUGUGAACUCAAAUACAGCAAAUGGGGGAAGGCUACAUGGCCUUUGAGAGAGAAAUUGUCUUUCAGCUCUUUUGGAGGACACAGCAGUUUGAGACAAAACAAUCCCUAGUCUUUGUUGAAAUGGACCCCUUUGAAGAACCAGACACUUACUAAAGCCUUGCAAGUGCACAGACAGAGGGAGGAGCAGGAGCAUUCACCCUAAUAUGGAGCCCUAUGGGCCAACGCUGGACCGCAGCCAGUCGGUGAUGAGUGGCCUGGAGAAGACCAACGUCGGCUGGAACAAGCCAACUCACUCCCGGAGCAGCAGUACCGCUUCCUCCCGUCACUCACGACCGCACAUAAAAGACUGGGAGAUAAUGGAUGACCUUCAGAUGGACCUGGCAACAGGUGGGGAGACCCUGCAGGACCUGAGCAUGCCUGGCAUCUGUGAAGGCUACCUGAUGAAGAGGAGAAAAUGGCCACUCAAGGGCUGGCACAGGAGGUAUUUUGUGUUGGACAAAGGGAUCCUCAGGUAUUCCAGAACACAACAAGAUUACUCCAAGGGGAAGCUUGGCGGUUCCUUAGACGUCAGCCUUGCUGUCAUAUCCAUCAACAAGAAAUCAAAACGUAUUGACCUAGAUGCCGGAGACAAUCUCUAUCACAUAAAGGCAAAGAGUCAUGACUUGUUCUACAUUUGGGUGACCAAGCUGACCGCUCACCGGAUGUUUAAGAAGAGUGAGGCAGCACAUGUUCAGAAUGGCUUCUUCCAGGCUCUCUCCCAGGGAACCAGUGGAAUGCCAGCACAUAGAAACGGAGCAAUGCAAGACAAUACUUCUGGGUCCUAUGUGGGUGAGACCUCCCCGGCAUCUGACCCACCCAUAGGCAACUCUGGGGUGAAUGGAAAGGUGUCUGCAUGGCUACAGCAAACCCAGGACAAUAACAGCUGUGCCCAAGAACUGAACCGGGUUCAGAUGGAUCUCAGUGAGAUGACCCGGCUCGUUCAGAAACUGCAUGCAAUGGACUCAGGCCCAGCACUGAACAAUGGAGAACUACAGCGGAUCAUCAGUGUACAGAAUCUUUCCCUUGAAAAACCAAAGAAGCGUUCUGAGCGAUCCAAGAUGUGGGGGCACUCUCGCACCCUGUCCAGAGUUGAGGCACUUGGAAUGCCAUUGCGUGGGAUUACUAAAUCGCUGUCGUCCAGUCAGCUGCACAGUGCGUCCAGCCUAGGCACCUCUGUGCCGUCCAUUCCAGAUUACGUCUACUCCCAGCUGGCUCCUCCUGCUAUCAUCUCUCCCGAGGGCAAGAAACUGCACCUGGACAUUUGCACCGUGUCCCACAGAGUCCAUACUUCCCUGAGGUUAGUCCAUGAGUCCUUGGCCCAGGAGCGCCAGAAACUCCAGGAGGCUUGGAACAGCGGGGAACUCCCAGCUAGCUCCCAGCAGCUGGCUACCCUGCUGGAGUUAGAGAUGCAGUGUCCCCAGACCCAAUUCUACAGUGUGUCAGUGACGCCAGACUCCUCAGAAGAUUCCUUCUGUACUGUGCGCCAGAGGAAGCCCGGCUCUAGCCGGCGAGCCUCUAAUCGGCCUCCCUCGGCGGCGGACUCGGUGGCGGAGUACUUCGAUGCGAGUGAUGACCUCCUCGGUGUGAGCUCCUCUGAGGCCUCAGAAGAGGGCUCAGGCCUGAGCGACGGCACCAGCAACUCUGAGCCAGAGGAGGGCCACGAGUCAGCCACAAGGAAAUACCGCGCCAGCCUUUCCAAGGCCCCCGCCAAGGCCAGCGUUGAGCCACAGAGCACCGGUCGCCGCACCACCCUGCCUGCCGUCUGCCCAGACAACAGCCACAUCGGUCUCAUGUCCAUCCUGUACAACAACAUCGGCAAGGACCUGUCGCGCAUCUCCAUGCCGGCGGCGCUCAACGAACCCAUUAACCUGCUGCAGCGGCUCUGCGAGGAGCUGGAGUACUCCGAGCUGCUGGAAACGGCCAGCAACACCGAGGACCCCUACGAGAGGAUGUUGUAUAUUGCUGCCUUUGCUAUCUCUGGUUAUUCCAUUGCUACCUUCCGGAACGGAUACAAACCCUUCAACCCAGUCCUUGGAGAAACCUAUGAAUGUGUACGGGAAGACCGGGGCUUCCGAUUCAUCAGUGAGCAAGUCUGUCAUCACCCACCUAUAUCAGCUUGUCAUGCAGAGUCAGGGAACUUUUGCUUCUGGCAAGACCAGCGAUGGAAGAACAAGUUCUGGGGCAAGUCUGUGGAGAUCAUGCCUUCUGGAAUGGUCAAUGUCACUCUUCCAAAGCGUGGCGACCACUACGAGUGGAACAAAGUGGUCACCUGCAUCCAUAAUGUCCUGACCCAACCGCGCUAUCUGGAGCACUACGGUGAGGUCGUCAUCCGCAACCUCAAGAGCUCCAUCUGCACCUGCAAAAUCACCUUUGUCAAGUCUCGGUACUGGGGCUCAGACGCCAAUAGGAACGAGGUGCAGGGCCAGGUGCUGGACCAGAGUGGGAGGGUGGUGCACAGGUUUGGAGGUCUCUGGCAUGAGGGCAUCUUCUGUGAUACCCUCCCCAACCCACAGUGCCUCUGGAAGCCAAAUCCUCAGCCUAAAGACUACGUCCUCUACUUCGGCUUCUCCACCUUUGCCCUGGAGCUGAAUGAACUGACUCCAGAUCUGAAGCCCCUACUGCCCCCUACAGACACACGGCUGCGCCCAGACCAGAGGUUCUUGGAAGAGGGCAAGAUAGAGGAAACGGAUAAACUCAAAGACGAGAUCGAAGACAUGCAACGGGAGCGAAGAAAAGCGUUGAGCAAUAAGGGGGAGGACCAUGUGCCUCGAUUCUUCAGAAAAACGGUGGAUGCCGCUGGGCGAGAGGUGUGGAUGACCAACGGAAGCUACUGGAAGCUGCGAGAAAACCCAGGAUUUGCCAACAUAAAAAACGUGGAAUUAUGGUGACAAGUGAUGGUGAUGUCAGGACAGAAAGCAAAUUUUUUUCUUCCCUUUUUUUCUUUCUUUCUUUUGUUUUUGGAGCACGUAUGAGAUGCCUUGGGUUGUUUCUCCUGAGCGAGGAUAGUGCUCUGUCUGACAGAGGAACACCAUGUCUGGACGGCUCUUUGACAGCUUUCCUUGUCCACCAUUAAAGAGAAAGCAGGAUCUUUUUCUCUGGAUGGAGUGUUUUAUAAUGCUUGAAUAAACAGAUUGCCAAUAAGCAAUCAAAUAAGGACAAGACGUCAUAUAGAGUAACUGUAGGGGGAAAUACAAACCCACAAAAACAGACUCUUUAGUCAACCAGUUCAAAGUAUUUGUCGUGUGGAGAGCAUUUUCCUUUGAGACUUUAUUUUUUAAAUCAUUUUAUAUGUUUACUGAAAUGAUUUCUUUAUUUUUAAAUUAUUUAUGUAAACUGUGCUAUGUGUGUCAUGAAUAAUGGUGGGUUCAGUUAUAAGAGAGAAGACCGGUGUAAAAAUAGCCAUUCACUUACAUUUUAUUUUUGUAAUGCACUCAAAUAGCCCUUUGGAGGUGACCAUUUCUUUCAGUGGAGACUUCACCUGGUCUUUUCUUGAGAGGUGCUUCAGUUGCCACAUAUCCUAACAUGGGCUUAAACUUCCAGAAGAUGACAGUCAUGUACAUACGUCAUUUUUUGAGUGCGUUAUUCAGUUGGGGUACAAACCUUUUAAGAAAAACUUCAAUUAGGUCACAUUAUAUGUUUGGGUUUUUUUGCUGCUGGGAAAAUUAUUUAAAUGCCAUAGAAUAAACAGAUGCUUUGUCCGUGAACAGUACAGUAAGCAUUAAGGACUGUCACAGGAACUAGACACUUAAAAUCUGUUCAAAAACAGACAUGAUAGACUCUGAAGAAACUUAGAAAAAGUCCAAACAUGUACAGAUUUACAAUUAAUAUAAUUUUAAUGCAUGAAUAAAAAAAAAACACAACAAUCAGUACAUUACACAAUAUUUCACCACUUUUAAUAAAUAAAAGAUUUCCUCUG